AUGUCAAAAGUUGUUCCUCAAAAAGUCGACGAAGAGCUGUUGUCUUCCAAUCAACCGCUUGUCUCUGAUGAUUGCGAAGAAUCUCUUCUUUUCAAAGAGAAAAAGCAACGUCCAGCGAUUCUUGCAUGUAUCUUGUCUGUUCGAUUGUUCUUGAUUGGAGUGAUUACUCUUUUGGUGAUCACCACGGCUGUAUCGAUUUGGGUCACGAGCUAUACAGUCAACGAGGCAGCAGCAUUAGAAGCAGUGAAUGUCCUUAUUCAAAACAUUGUCAAUGAAAAGGUUGUCAAUUUAUUGAAUGCCCAGUUAAUUCCUGCAAAGCAAGUGAUAGAUCAAGUGGCUCUCGAUUAUCAGUUUGGAUAUAUUGAUAUGGUCGAUGCCGUGCGCAAUUAUCUCUAUUCUAAAUUCAAAGUGUAUGAUAUUACAUUGGUGAACUUGUGUUUUGGAAGUUAUGGACUCAAUUAUCUUCAAACUGUCACCAUUGGUUCUGCAGGACAAUGGGUUUGGGCCAAGAAAAUGCCAGGAGAGAACUUGUUAAGCUGGGAGUUGGAUCCUAGCACUGGUGCAAUUAUCAAACCUUAUGUGUUGAAUCUUACACAGUAUCCAGUUGCAAAGAUGGAUUACUAUAUCGAGUCAAUGAACUUGAUCAAGACAAAUCCAAACGGUGCAUUCGGUUCCGCAUAUCUUGUGAUCAACUCGUCCAUGCAAAUCUAUUGGUCCACUCCCGUCUAUAAUCGUACGGAUCUCUCCACCAAACAAGUCAUUGGUAUUGCAAAGGUGAACAUUGCCUUAGAUUUAAUCGCCAAAUCUUUGUCAUCUUUGAAAGUAUUGAAUCAUGGUUAUAUUGUCUUGUCCGAGUUCAGUAGUGGCUAUGUGUUGGGAAGUUCUUUAGAGAUUCCUGAUUUACAAUUUAAGAGAAUCAACGCCUCGAGCAUUGCGACAAGAAAUGCUGGUGAAGUGAUGAAACAGGUCAUGUCACAAUCAAAUGACCAAGUUCAAUUUACUACCACAGUGGGAGGAGUGACCUAUCUAGUUUCUAGCAAACCCUAUACGUUUUACAAUAUUAGAUGGAGAAUGACGUUAGUUUUUGAAGAUAAUGAAAUUAAGGAAGCCAUUAUCACAAGCAGCUACAUUAUAUUAGGUGUGACUUGUGGUGUUGCAAUCAUUGGUGUCAUAGUGAGUGCUCUUAUUGGUUACAUGGUAACAAAUCCAUUUGUGAAAUUGCAACAAGACUUUAAAAAAAUUGAAGUUCUUGAUUUAUUGAAUAUCCGUCCUUCCAUUUUCACUGAAGCUAAAAGUAUUUAUUCCAGCUUAACAGAAACCGUUAACUGGUUGAGCGAGUUUAGAGCCUUCUUGCCUGAUUGUGUUUUGAAUCAACUUCAAGCUCCUAAAGAAACCUCCAAUGUCAUUACUGAUGAGAACAACAACGAGAAGAAACAUCCAUCCAAUGACAAAAAACGGAUUCAGAAUUGGGUUCUCAUGCUUCUUCACAUUCUCGCCACAUUCUCGCCACACCCAAUCCAAGCUUUCAGAACGCAUGUCAAAAAGAAAUCAACAAGCAAACAUGUUCAAAUUAGGUUUAUAAUUUCGAAAGUAUUGACUGACAUAUCUACCAUUUGUAAGACGGUUCGAGGCGACUUGCAAAUCAAGUCCUACAAUGAAUUUCUUGUCAUAUUUGUUACUCAAGAUCCUGCUGAUAAUACUGAAACAGGAUACAAGGGAAUGGUAUUCAUGACUGGAUCGAGUGUUAAAAUUCAUGGUAAAGUCUACACACCUACUUGGACUGUUUUACAAAAUACUGCUCAAAAAGGAACAAACACCAUUACUGUGAAUCAAUCCACUCAAUGGAAAGUUGGAGAUAAACUUGUCAUUGCCAACACUGAUUACUCGGAUUUGUAUCAUUGGAGUGACACUGUUCCAGAUUCUCUCAAAUGGAAACAAGGUUUCAGAUUUUUAGAUCAAAACGAAGAGAGAACCAUUGUUCAAGUGGUAAAUUCUCAAACCUUUGUGUUAAACGCACCAUUGAAUUAUACUCAUUUUGCUGAAGGUGACAUGCGUGCCGAAGUGGGUGUGUUGAAUCGAAAUAUUAUCUUCCAAGGUGAUGCUUCGAGUGAGAGUAGCAAAUUUGGUGGUCACAUUAUGUUUCGACCUGGAAAUAUGGUACAAGUGAGAAGUGUGGAAAUUACUAAAAUGGGUAAUGCUGGAUUGUUAGGUCGAUAUCCAAUUCACUUCCACGUUUUUGGAGAACAAGCUUACAAGAUAGGAAAUGCUCAUUUUUAUUUGAAGGAUUCUUCCAUUCAUGACACGUAUCAGAGAUGUGUUGUUGUUCAUGACACCAAUGGAGUGACAAUUGAAGGUAAUAUUUGUUGGAAUACAAAGGGACAUCAAUACUUCCUUGAGGAAGGUUGA